AUGGGCGGCUGGUCUCGUAGUGCGGUGCUGGAGCUGUACCGAGCACUGCUCCGUGCAGGGUGCCACCUUCAGUACACAGACCGCAACUACUACCGGCGCGCCGUGGCCGGCGAGUUCCGCCGCUGCCAGGCUCUGACCGUGCCGAGUGACAAGGAGGCCGCACUGAAGAGGGGCCAGUUCUUCCUCAGCAGUAGACUGGGGGGGCUGAUGUAGACAGAAUGGCGGGAGUGAACGGUGACCGUAAAGGAAAGAAGGAUGACAACGGCAUGGGCACGGCCGUUGACUUUUUGCUCUCUAAUGCCAAGCUUGUGCUUGGGGUCGGAGGAGCUGCCAUGCUUGGCAUUGCAACACUAGCA